AUGGAAAAGGAAAUUGUGUCUUCAGGAAGGGUCAAUGGAACAUUCGUCAAGCUCUUCUCACGACAAUCGACAAUUCCUUCAGCACAUCGACAGGGAUGUGGACAUAAGCUUCGACCGCCACAUUCGAUUGGAGCAUGUUCAGUUAAUCCUAAGAGCCCAUCAAAAACACGAAUCAAAUUACACGAAGAACAUUUUAUAAUAAUUUAUGGAAUUUCGAAGAGAUCGAAUGGGAAUUUUAUGCAAAUAUUUAAGAGCCAUUGUGAAGUUCAACUUCGAAUGGAUGGUAAACAAGAAAGACAACAACGACAACAAUUGCUUCUACAGAAGUUUCCAAAACUUUAG